CAUUAUUAGAACAUUGUGUACCACAUUAGAACUUGUGAUUCAGUGAACAUCAUCUUUAGGCAUGGAAUUAGAUAAUGGUAAAAAGCAGCAAAGCUGCACAUUUGAGAAGCUGAAGUUGGUUUCCUUCAUUACUCUAUGUCUCAUUCUAAUCUCUCCUGCUGACGCUUUUGAUCCUUUGGAUCCAACUGGGAACGUGACAAUAAGAUGGGACAUCAUGUCCUGGACAUCAGAUGGUUAUAUGGCCACUGUGACAUUGUUUAACUUCCAACUGUACCGGAACAUUAUGAACCCUGGGUGGAAUCUAGGAUGGACAUGGGCAAAGAAAGAAGUCAUCAUGGCCAUGAUGGGAGCUCAGGCUACAGAACAAGGAGACUGUUCCAAGUUCAAGUUGAAGAUUCCUCACAGCUGCAAGAGGAACCCCCAAGUGGUUGACUUGCUACCAGGAGCAUCUUUCAACAUGCAGUACACCAACUGCUGCAAAGGGGGUGUGCUAACAUCCUGGGGUCAGGACCCUUCAGGUACUGUCUCAGCAUUUCAGAUGGCUGUGGGGCUCUCUGGAACCUCUAACAAGACAGUGAAACUCCCCAAGAACUUCAAAUUGCUUGGACCAGGACCAGGUUACUCAUGUGGCCCUGCAAAGAUGGUUCCAUCCACUGUAAUCCCCACAGAUGAUCACAGGAGAAAAGCUCAAGCUUUGAUGUCCUGGAAUGUGACAUGUACCUAUUCACAGUUUCUUGCCUACAAGAAUCCAAGCUGCUGUGUUUCUUUGUCAUCUUUCUACAAUGAUAAAGUGACAGCUUGCCCAACUUGUGCUUGUGGUUGCCAGAAUAAUGAUACUUGUGUGACGAGUGAUUCAAAGAUCCUGCAAGAAAAUACAACUAAGACACAUAAGACAGAUAUCACACCAAAACCAUUGCUAAGAUGCACACACCACCUGUGUCAUGUUCGGGUGCACUGGCACAUUAAAGAAAACUACAAGGACUAUUGGAGGGUCAAGAUUGCCAUCAUCAAUUUCGACUAUCGAAUGAACUACACUCAAUGGUCUCUUGUUGUACAACAUCCCAAUCUCAAUAAUGUCACCCAAGUCUAUAGCUUUGAGUACUUGCCACUUCUUCCAUAUCAGGCCAUAAAUGAUACAGGCAUGUUCUAUGGUUUGAAAUAUUACAAUGAUCUAUUGAUGGAAGCUGGGCCUAAGGGGAAUGUUCAGUCUGAGGUGCUUAUGAAGAAGGACAAGAACACAUUUACACUUAAGCAGGGAUGGGCAUUUCCUAGGAGGGUCUACUUUAAUGGUGAUGAAUGCAUGCUGCCACCUCCUGAUUCAUACCCUUUCUUGCCAAACUCUGCUCAUAGAUUACCAAGUACUGUUUUGAUGGCAGCCUAUGUCAUUUUCACAUCAUUUUUUCAUUUUGUUGUGAGUCUUCUGUGAGGUCUAAUAUUGGCAUCUUAGUUAUCAAGUUUACACAGCUCAGACUGAUGAUGUAGAUGGGGUGAUAUAUAUGCAAGAUGGACUUUCUUGUCAUCA